AUGGGCUGCCCUGGGAGUAGAACCCUGUGUUUCCUCCUCAUGUUGGCUCCUGCAUAUUUCCAUUCGACUUCAUCCCAGGAAGCCAGUCUACUAGGGCAGAGAAGACCCUUCUUCGAGAGGCUCCGGAGACUAGAAGAGCAGUUCCAGAGGUUCCAGGAGGUGACUCUAACCCACCUGCAGGGCAUCGCGAGCAACUACAACGUGUCCUACAACAUCGAUGCCCGCUUCCGGAGCCUGGCACUUGAGAACCAGGCUGUGGCCCAGGCACUGAACCAGUCUCAGGCCACAGUGCAGGCCGACCUGAGCCACCUGAAAACCUCGGUGAGGAAGGCUCAGCGGAGGAGCCGCAAAGUGGACGCGAAACUGCUGGUCUUGGACCAGGUCCUGAGCGAGGGGAACCGGCAACAUGCCGUGGAACACAAGGAGCAGAAAGUGCAGAGUGACGCCGCUUCCAGCCUGGCCCAGAACCUGGCCCUGGACGUGCGGAUCCUGCAGGACAUGCUGGCCAACCUGACAGAGCUUGUGCACAGCCAGGGUGUCAGGCUGGCUGCUCUUGAGGGGCAUCUGCAGGCGGCCAGGUCUGACCCUGCAGCCCCCAGCCCAACUCCACCUCAGUGGCUGAGUCCGAGCUCCCUACAGCUGCAGAGACUCAGGCAGGCACCCCAAGCUUUGCUGGAGCACAGAAGCCCACCCCGGGAUGUCAUUAGCCAUCUCCGGGCGACACAGGGGCCUGCUGGAACAGCCCCUGGGGACACUCCUCUGCUGACACGGUCCCCCCAGAGACCAGGAGAGAUUUGCAACGUGGGGCCCGCGCUCGUGUUCCCCAACGCCUCCACCGAGAACGCGGUCUUCCUUCGCCGCGGCUUCCUCUCUGGUCUGCGGGCUCUGUCCGUGUGCAGCUGGGUCCGUACGUCCCCGGGCCGCCUGGGUACCCUCCUCUCCUAUGCCACCGAGGACAAUGACAACAAAGUGGUGCUGCAUGGCCGGGACUCGCUGGCCCCCGGCUCUGUCCACUUUGUGAUCGGAGACCCGGCCUUUCGUGAACUACCGCUGCAGCCACUAUUGGACGGCCGGUGGCACCACGUAUGUGUGAUCUGGACGUCCUUCCAGGGACGGCACUGGCUCUACGUGGACCGCAGGCUGGUGGCCACCGGGUCGCGAUUCAGGGAGGACUAUGAGAUCCCUCCCGGAGGGUCCCUGGUGCUAGGCCAGGAGCAAGACACGGUGGGUGGAGGGUUUGAUAGUGCAGAGGCCUUCGUGGGGAGUGUGGCCGGCCUGGCCAUCUGGGGUAGGCCACUGACCCCCAGGGAAGUUUCAAGCCUCGCCACCGGGAAAUCGGUCCCAACAGGCGCCCUUCUGACGCUGGCCAAUGCCACAUCUGUAGGUGGGUUCGUUCAGCUGGUGACUUGCUCCUGCCUCGAGCACUGUCCCUGA